AUGGAAGAGCAAAACCUUCUCCCAGAGGUCCCGGCAGCCCUGAAGCGCCUAGCCAAGUACAUAGCACGCGGUUUCUAUGGGGUCGAGUAUUCCCUGGCUCUCGACAUGCUGAUCCGCUACCCCUGUGUGAGAGAGGAUGACUUGUUACAGCUGCUCAAGUAUGAACGAAAGCAACUGCGCACUGUGCUCAACGCGCUCAAGGCAGACAAGUUAGUGAAGCUGCGAAUGAGAGUUGAAACGGGGCCUGAUGGGAAGAGCACAAGGCACAAUUACUAUUACAUCAAUUACAAGGUGCUGGUGGAUGUGGUAAAAUACAAACUGGAUCAUGUACGCCGGCAGAUAGAAGCAGAUGAGCGGGAUUCAACUACUAGGUCCUCUUUUAAAUGUCCAUCAUGCUCCAGCAUUUACACAGACCUGGAAGCCAAUCAGCUCUUUGAUGUAUUUACAGAGACUUUUCGCUGCACUUACUGCAACACUGAAGUGGAGGAAGAUGCCUCAGCACUUCUUAAGCGCGACGCUCGAACGUUGCUAGCAAAAUUCAAUGAGCAGAUGGAACCGAUCUUUGUGCUACUGCGUGAGACUGAAGAGAUCAUUCUGCCGUAUGACUUGCUAGAGCCUCAGCCAACAGAAAUACCAGAAUUAUCAGAAAGCUUUGAUCACAAGGUGGGUUCAAGUGUGCUGGAAUCCUGCAGCCGACCUGAAAAAUGGGCCAACAGAAGUUCCUCUUUUGGCAAUAUAUAUACCCAAAACUUAGUUAUUCAUGUCCAAGGCUCUGAGUUCAAGGAGAAAACAAGAGUAAAAGCAACUGAAGAGCAGCCUAUCUGGAUGUCACAGAGCACUGUGGAAGGAGCAACAACCACCACAAACAACAGUGUUGCAGUUAAUGCUUCUGAAGAAAGUGUCCAAGAAACUGUCACUGAUAAUGAAAUAAUCAAGACUCUUCUGAUCCAUGAAUCUAAGUCAUCAUCUAGCACAGACCAGGAUCCUGCUGUCAAAAGAAAACACCCUGAAUCAAACAGUGAUACCAGUGAAUCUGAAGAAGAGGCUAAGCACUCAAGAGUGGGAAUAAAAGUAGCAAGCAGCAACUUUGAACAAGAGGAGGAACAGGACACACAAGGUCCUAUUUUAAUGGUAGCUGGUCAGCCUUGUUCAUAUGGUGAGAUCAGUGAAAAUCCAGAGCUUGUGUCUGUCAUGACAAAUGAAGAGAGAGAAGCUUAUAUAAAAGUAGGGCAAGAAAUGUUCCAGUCUGUCUUUGAAUAAUUAUUACUGUAUUAAUAUAUGAACUUGUAUAAAUGGGUGAAAGUUUCCUUUGAAGUAAGAUAGUUUAAUAGUUUAACUUAUGUUCUUCCAAGUUAAGCAUUUACUGGUAAAGUUUUGUUUGAACUUAUUGCCGUUAUGCAAGAUAGUAGUAAUCCUGCAGUAGGUAAAUCCCGCAGUAGCACUGCAGCAAAAAAAAACCUGAAGUUACUAUGUGUUUUCUGUUGUCUUAAUGCUUAGACUUUGUGAAUGCUGUAAUUAGUUUGGAGCAUGAAUCAUUUCAGGUACGACAAGAUCUGAUGAAAAUAAAGUUGCAAAAGCAAUGUUGCAACCUAUUGUAAGAUUUAAUUAUUCCUCCUUGCUUGCAAGUAGCAAAUACUUCCAGUAGUGUGCAACAUGAUUUGGUUUUGCUCCCUGCCAGUGUGUCCUGUUAGGUCACUCACUAUACAACAGUCCCAGGCAGGUGCUAUACAGUAACCUCCUUCGAAGGGAAGAGCUGUUACUAAAUUGUGUUAUCUACAGAAGAAAACCAGCCCUGGCCUCCUAAUUUACAUUGUAAAAAUAAUUAUCUCAAUUCCUUGUACUCAUUGCUCCACAGAACUCUCUCUGAAAUGAUGAACUAGGCAAUGGAUACUGGACAGUAAAAUACAACAUUCAUUUUGGUCUAGAUAGGUAAGGAAGCAAGCAAGCAAUGCAUCAAGCAGAAGACCCUGCUGCUUAUAUCUCAUUCAGUCUCCCAUAAUCAUUUUAAGCAAAAUUUUUACUACCACUGGAAGAACACAUUCUACUUGAACUGAACUAGAUAUGAGUAGGACUGGCAUCAGAAUA